UUUUAUCAAAGAGUGUCCCACAUGCCCUCAAAAUCGUAGGGUCAAUGCUUUUUAAGCUGAGGUAAAUGGUUCCACAACUGACAACUCAUUUUCUGCAGGACAUAUUCUUACUCCUGAAAUGGUCCAACAAAUGAUCGUGUCAGCCUUUUCGGCUUUGGGAUUACAAGGUAAUGAUGUUGCAUCUAACUUUUGGCUUGUUGAUUCUGGUGCUUCCAAUUAUAUGACCAACUCAACAAGUAUACUAAAAAAUGUUCGUAAGUAUCACGGUCCAUCACAGAUUCAGGUUGCCAAUGGUAGUAAUUUACCCAUUACCAAAGUUGGGGACAUUACUCCAACUAUCAAGAAUGUUUUUGUGUCACCAAAAUUCUCAACUAGUCUUAUUUCAGUUGGACAAUUGGUAGAAAAUAAUUGUGAUGUGAAUUUUUCUAGUAAUGGUUGUCUUGUGCAGGAUCAGGUGUCGAGGACGGUAAUCGCGAAGGGGCCUAAAGUUGGAAGAUAGUUUCCUAUACAUUUUUCCAUUCCUCUUGUUCUAUCUUUUGCUUGUACUUCUACUGCUAGUAAGAUUGAGGUUGGCAUAAGCGUCUAGGACAUCCAAAUUCUAUUGCGUUGUCACAUUUAUCGAAUUCUGGUUUAUUGGGAAAUAAAAAUCAAUUUUCAGCUGCUUCAUUUGAUUGUUCAACUUGUAAAUUAGGCAAAAGUAAAACUCUUCGUUUUCCUAAUUUUGGUAGUUGGUUUAACAAGUUUCGAUCUACUUUGCUUCAAUUCUCUUUUAAACAAAGUAAAUAUGACUCAUCUUUUUUUCUUCGGAAAGCAUCUACAGGUUGUGUUCUUUUUUUGGUAUAUGUAGAUGACAUUUAUCACAGGAACUGAUUCUUCAUUAAUCACUAGCCUCCAGCAGCAACUUAAGGAUUCCUUUCAUAUGAAAGAUCUUAGUACUCUAACAUAUUUCUUGGGGUUGGAAGUUCAUUAUAAUUCUUUAGGUGUUUUCUUAAACCAGUACAAAUAUACUCAGGAUUUGAUUGCUUUGGCUGGUCUUCAAGAAUCACCCUUUGUUGAUACUCCAUUGGAAUUGAAUGUAAAGUAUCGUCGUGAUGAAGGAGAUCUUAUUCUUGAUCCAACUUUGUUUCGACAAUUAGUUGGGAGCCUAAAUUAUCUUACUAUUACUAGGCCUGAUAUCUCUUUUGCAGUUCAACAAGUCAGUCAAUUUAUGCAGACUCCCCGUCAUCUACAUUUAGUGGCUAGUCGUCGUAUCAUUCGAUAUCUCUCAGGAACAUCUACUCGUGGAUUAUAUUUUCCUAGUGGCUCUCAUAUUCAGCUUAAAGCGUUUAGUGAUUCUGAUUGGGCUAGAUGUUCUGAUACUCACCGCUCCGUCACGGGAUAGUGCAUGUUUCUCGGAGAUUCUUUG